AUCGGUCGGACGAGUUAGCUCGGAUGAAACCAGGUCCCUGUAGUGUGGUCAAGUCGUGAAAGUUGUCGGGUUGGUUGGGGUGAGAAGACGCGCGGAUCUGUGGAAAGUUUACGCACAAAAUUGUGUCUGCAAUUUCGAAAACUGUAAAAACAUGGCCUUUUACAAGUAUUUGGAUUACAAUGCACCUUGUUAGCAUUGUACAAAAUGUCUUAAAUUGCACUGUACAGUCCUGGUCUCGAAACUUGAACACAUGCGUGGAUAGCAGCUUCGUUCAAAUUUUAUAGGCCCAAGAUCUGAUCUGAAUCUGUAUUAUUGUAGCGAUACAGCCACUCUUCGGAGCAGCACACCUGCUUUGAUCGGAGACAAACGGCGAGAAAUGUUCUCCAAUGUGACCACAGAUCUGCCCGGCCCCGAAAACUCUACCGCUGCCGUCUUCGACUGGGAACCGUUUUCCUACUACACCUCUCCCUGGCGCGAACUCCAGCUCCUGUGGGCGACGAUAUGCAUCACGUUGGGAGUGUGCGGCAACACCGCGGUUCUACUGACGAUCUCGUCGGUGGAGGAGCUUCGCACGCCCGGGAACGCCCUGCUCUGCACCCUGGCUGUGGCCGACCUUAUGCAGGUCAUCUCCAAGGGCCCUUUUACUAUAUGGCUCAUGAUUCAGCAGCAAAUCCUGUCGUGUCAUGAGAGCAACGGCUCACUUGAAAUGUUUUUGCACUUUGUUUAUCUGACCGGUGCUUUUUUCUCCGUCAACAUCAUCGGCUCCAUCUCUUUAGACCGAUACUGGUACAUCUGCUUCCCGCUUCAGUACAGUUCCAUCAUGACCAAAACUCGCACAGCCCUUCUCGUGGCCGUGCCGUUUCUCGUGACCAUUACCAACGUCGUGUUCGUUCCAGUUUUCGAGGCGGGAGGGGGCUUCUACUUCUUCCCGCCAUUCGUCUCGUGCAAGUACUUGGGACCAGCAAAGAGAGGCAGACAGGCGGCUUUAAACACCUGUUAUGGAGUCGUCAUCCUGAUCAUGAUUUUCUGCUACUUCAAGAUCUGGCGAGAGGUAAGGAGACAACAGGCCAGACACAGACAGCUGGUCCCCCAGGCCCUGUCGUCAGUAGACUCCGGACAAGCAAACGUUACCGGUGCAACUCGGCAGACCAACCUCUCCCGUUCAUCUUCAGUGGACAGUGGUUCCGAGAGUCAGCAGGCGUCGCCUGACGAGACUGGCCAGAUGAGUCGGCAAGUGUCGGUGACGUCCCUGUCUGCACGGCUGUGCGACUCUGCAUCAGCUGGACACAAACACGGUUUAAAGCCCGGUAACAAGGUGGCUCCGGCACGAGUCUGGGAAGACCCCUCGAGGAGCUCGAGAUCGGAGGAGCCGUCUGCCCAGCCGGCCCGUCAGAAGGUCUCUUCGGAGUUCAAGCAGCGCAUGAAGACGGCCACUACAGUCCUGCUGGUCAUCGGAGUGUACUUCGUCACCUGGCUGCCGUACUUCUUCGUCCUGUUCAGAACGGCAUCGUUGGGGGACGAGGUGGCGUCGUCGUCGGACGGACCGUGGCAGAGGUUCGCCAUGUUGUUCUCUCUGAUCUCAGCGUGGUCCAACCCCAUCAUCUACACUCGCAACCGCCCGUUUCGCCAGGGCUUCUUGAGACUGAUUCGCUGCAGAAACUGAUAUAGUCUAGCCUCCACCAUACCAGCUACGCCGGCGGGAACAUAGCCAAAUAUAGAGUAUCUUAAAGCCUUAGAUUCCGUGUCACAUCAAUCUGUUUAGACCGCCAGGCAAUACAUACAAAAUCACAGCUUGGUGUCUUUCCUUCAUGUCAGUGCAUAGUUUACUUUGGUCCAGGUAGGACAUUCUGGUUCUGGGUAACGGAAUAUAUCCAUAACGGACCAAUAUUGCAUAUGUGCAUAUCAAUCGAGAAUAUUUCCUCUUAGUAUCUUCAUUUCUUACGUAACGUAUACAACUAUCAUGACGGCCUCACAGCUGUGAAGAAACAUACACAUGUUUGUCGUUCCAAGUGUUGUAACUACUCUUGUCACCAGUAACACAAAAUGAAAAAAAAUUCUUGUAUAUCACAUGCAUAUGCAAGACACCAUGAUAACCCCUCGGGUGGACAUUAUAUCAAGACCUUUUAGAUUUGUUAGAGAUGUUAAUGAUUAAUAUGUACAAAUAUAUUUGUUGUUCCAAGUGUUGUAAAUACUCUUGUAUAUAUCACGUUAUCACCUGUAACACAAAAUGACAAAACCUAGCUUGGGGUGAGUACAAUAUUAUAUCGAGACUUGUCUGUCAUGCGCGACAGAGCCGUUUGGAGGAACCCCAUGACGUCACCUGAUGGGUGAACUGAACUGAACUGACUUAGAUGUUAAUGGUUAAUGUCUUUCUAAAGUGACGAAAAAUAUUUCUGUGGUUCAGUUCUUCUUUAGAAGUGCUCGUUUCUGUGUGUUAUCAAGACAAAACGAAUAUGUCUAUGUAAAUAAAAAAUCUAGACCGUG